AUGGCGCGGAUGGAGGUGACUGAGACCUUUGCUGGCAUCUCCCUGCCUGGUCACCUCCACACCCAGGAGUCCCUCAGCUAUGCCGCAACCUUCGCCUUCCGCCCCACUGACGUGGUCAUCGCCACUUACCCCAAAUCAGGCACCACCUGGAUGCAGGAGAUCCUGACGCUGCUCUUCAGCCAUGGGGAUGUGGUGCCUGCCAAGACCAUCCCUAACUGGGAGCGGGCACCCUGGCUGGAGCAGAUCUACUUCAGGUCUGCGCUGCGGGACUCGGCCAACCCCCGCCUCCUCACCACCCACCUGCCUGCCCGUGUCCUGGCACCUUCCCUGCAGCACAGCAAGGCCAAGGUGAUCUACGUGGCCAGGAAUCCCAAGGACGUUGCUGUCUCAUUCUACCACUUCCACCACCUGGCCAAGUUCCUGCCUGACCCUGGCUCCUUCGACACUUUCCUCACACAGUUCCUUGAGGGCACAGUGCACUAUGGCUCCUGGUUUGACCACAUCAAGGGCUGGCUGGGCCAGCGUCACCUCCUGGACAUCUUCUACGUCACUUAUGAGGAGAUGCACCAGGACCUGCGGGGCACAGCGCAGCGGCUCAGCACCUUCCUGGGCUGCCCGUUGGCACCGGAAACAUUGGCAGCCCUGGAGCAUCACUGCAGCUUUGCCACCAUGAAGGACAACACCAUGGUCAACUACACCCUCAUCCCCCCUGAGAUCAUGGACCACAGCCAGGGACACUUCAUGAGGAAAGAAUGCCCUCUUCAACCAGCGCUACCAGGAGGAGAUGGGCGACCUGGAGCUGCCCACUCGCUGGCCCAUGGCCUGAGUAGCCUCAAGAGGGGCCUGGAGCGGCAGCACUGCUUGACCCUGCCAUGCACAACAUAGCUUCCCCUCUCCACUGACCCCCCCCAUUGCGGGGGGCACGCCCAGCACCCCCAUAACUUAUCCAUCAGCCCAGGGGUGCAGCGGGGAGGGGAGGGGACACCGGCUGCGUGACACUCCCCCGGGCACUUUUCUGGCCAUCCCUGCAGCCCUUCCGUUCCCUGGGGUGGGGACGCGUGGCCGGGACCUCUCCUUUCCGCCAAGCCAGCG